GUGAGGGCGUGAGAGGCCUCUCUGGAAGUUGUCUCGGGUGUUCGCCGUUGGAGCUCCGGGUCAAGAGGACGAGGUGCCGCUGCCGCCGGCCCCGGAGCCCAGCCCUUUUCUAGCCCGGUCCAGUCCUAGCCGCCACCUCCUGACCCCGCUGUCGACCCCAUCGUUACCAUGAAUCCUGCCGUCUUCCUGUCUUUACCAGACCUCAGAUGCUCCUUGCUGCUCCUGGUAACUUCGAUUUUUACACCUAUAACAGCUGAAAUAGCAAGUCUUGAUUCAGAGAAUAUAGAUGAAAUUUUAAAUAAUGCUGAUGUUGCUUUAGUAAAUUUUUAUGCUGACUGGUGUCGUUUCAGCCAGAUGUUGCAUCCAAUUUUUGAGGAAGCAUCUGAUGUCAUUAAGGAAGAAUAUCCAGAUAAAAAUCAAGUAGUGUUUGCCAGAGUUGAUUGUGAUCAGCACUCUGAUAUAGCCCAGAGGUACAGGAUAAGCAAAUACCCAACCCUGAAAUUAUUUCGUAAUGGAAUGAUGAUGAAGAGAGAAUACAGGGGCCAGCGAUCAGUGAAAGCGCUUGCAGACUACAUCAGGCAACAGAAAAGUAACCCAGUCCACGAGAUUCAGAGUCUAGAUGAAGUCACCACUCUUGAUCGCAGUAAGAGAAAUAUCAUUGGAUACUUUGAGCAGAAGGAUUCAGAUAAUUACAGAGUUUUUGAAAGAGUAGCAAGUAUUUUGCAUGAUGACUGUGCCUUCCUUUCUGCUUUUGGAGAUCUUUCAAAACCAGAAAGGUACAGUGGAGACAAUUUAAUCUACAAACCACCAGGGCGUUCUGUGCCAGACAUGGUGUACUUGGGAUCUAUGACAAAUUUUGAUGUAACUUACAACUGGAUUCAAGAUAAAUGUGUCCCUCUUGUCCGAGAAAUAACAUUUGAAAAUGGAGAGGAACUGACAGAAGAAGGACUGCCUUUUCUCAUACUCUUCCACAUGAAGGAGGAUACAGAAAGUUUAGAAAUAUUCCAGAAUGAAGUAGCCCGGCAGUUGAUAAGUGAAAAAGGUACAAUAAAUUUCUUACAUGCAGAUUGUGACAAAUUUAGACAUCCUCUUCUCCAUAUCCAGAAAACUCCAGCAGACUGCCCCGUCAUAGCCAUUGACAGUUUUAGGCAUAUGUAUGUUUUUGGAGACUUUAAGGAUGUAUUAAUUCCUGGAAAACUCAAGCAGUUUGUAUUUGACCUACAUUCUGGAAAACUACACAGAGAAUUCCAUCACGGACCUGACCCAACUGAUACAGCCCCAGGAGAGCAGGACCAGGAUUUAGCGAGCAGUCCUCCAGAGAGCUCCUUCCAGAAGCUGGCGCCCAGCGAGUAUAGGUAUACUCUCCUGAGGGAUCGAGAUGAGCUGUAACCUCAAGAGCAUGCGAGCCUUGCAGCAGCAGAGGCUCACAUGCUGGAAUAGGAACCCUAUAUUUUCAUAAUUCUAUGUGUAUUUUUAUUUUGAAUAAACUGAAAGAAGUUUUGGGUUUUUAAUUUUUUUUCCUCCCCCUGACUCAAAUGCACUGUCAUUUAAUGCAGCCUCUUUUUAAAAGAUCUACUAGGGUUUUAAAGAAUAAAAUCAAACCAGAGGCCUGUCUCCACUUUAAAUCUGUCCUGUACAGUCUUAUAAUGCAAGCAGAAGGUGACAUUGCCAGAAGCACAGCAUUGACUCACACCACCACUGCACAGGCAAGGGAAUCGGCCUGGUUCCCGUGUGGGAUCUGCUUUUUCUUUCUUCUUUUCUUUGCAUAUGAUCAAAUUCUACUGGUAUUUUUAUUAUCACAUUUCUAAAAGCUAAGGGGAUAUAUAUUCUAGAGGCUUGGGAGGGAAAUAAAACUUUUCAUACUGUGUACUGUGUUGUACUGAUUGGUCAGGCAUUGCUUAGGAGAGUUCCAUCGUGGUUCUUCUUGGAUUCCUAAUAUGUAACUUAAACACACUAUGAAGGGGAGAGCCAUAAGCUAGAGCAUUUGGAAAAGAAAUGGAAGGAUUAUCAAAUUUCUAUAUGUUUAUCUGAGACAGCAGCAUAUGGAUAGCUUUUAAAACUUUGAAUGAAUUAACCCUGAAAUCAGGAAAGCGGGGACUCUGGUGGAGCAGGUUACUAGCGUUAAACUAGAAACUUUAAGGCUCUCUCUGUCUAGAAAUUUUAAUUUUCAAAGAAAAACUGUAUUUCAAUUAUUGUAAGCCUCCUCCUGUCUUUUGUAGUUUUGUUAUAGUUCUGUAGAUCAAACGCAAAGAUGUUAAGGAAAGCAUUUUACAUUCUUCUGUCAACUGUUGAGGAUUGUGGGAGGCUUUCCCCUCGCUCCCCUGGUUUCCCGAGCCUGCAGUGGGCAGUCAGAAGGCCCCCAGGCCUUACUGCUGCCAUGGAUAUGAGCAGAGGGAGAAGACUCUCCACUUCCUAUCAGGAAUCCCGGUGCCAGAGGGCAGACAGGCUCUAACUUGGCUUUCCUCAGGGCCUGGGUGUGGUGCUAUAGGCCAAGGGUCAUUUAUCCUUGGGAUAAGUCAGUCCCAGUUUGGGGAGAUAUUUUUAAGCUUAAAAGGUUGACAUGUGCCAUUAUAUGUAGUGUGUAAUAUAUGUAACACCUUUCAAUCCUUUUAAAAUAAAAUGAAUAUUUAUAAUGGA